AUUGCCGAGGUAUCGGCCAAGCAUUUUCUUGUGCCCCUUGGACAGAUGCCCAUUUUGGUGCACAAAAAUUUAAUGCUCUGUCUGAUCAGAUCUUUCGUCUCCACAAAGAACACGGAUGGCGAACUCCUGCGAUGUUCCAAGCUACUAAAUAUGCUUAUGCUUUUCAUAUCAGUUGGACGGAGCUUUGUCGCGAGCAGACCAGCGACGAAGAUGAAGAUAUGUCCCAGGAAGUGUGGGUGCGCUUGAAGAAGAGCUACGGGACCAUUCCAGGGGACUGGCUUACAACAAAGUCAUAUACGAUUCAAGCCUUUCCACCAAGACAAAUGCGGCCUUCAAAGCACUUCAGUGAACACGUUGUCCACACACAUGGAUGGACUCUACUAUUACUGACAUGCAGUAACUCGACAGUGGAGGUGCCAAAACCGGUACGGGACGGUUUCACAAGACCGUGGAACCAACACGAGAGAACUGAGUGGGCUGAGACGCAAGAAUUUCAAUCUCCAAUCCUUCAUCUAUAUGCCCGCCUGGACGAAUGUCUACUUGUUCGAAGUUACUUCGACAACCUAUCUGCCGAUGUUAACAGCCUGCUCGCAUCUAUUGACUGCUUCAGGGUGUUAGAUCGUCUGCGAGAUGUUGUACCUAGGCUUGAACAUGCUAUUGAAGAAUGGAAAGAGUGGCAGCAGCAUCACAUCAAUCGUGACUCACUAAGAGCAAAUCCAUUUGUUAUAGCUACACUGGACGAGAUUGACGCGAGCGUGCAAGUGAUUGAGAAAUUAAGACAAGAUUUCGAUACUAUGGGCAAGCGAGCCGAGAGUAUGAACACUGCAAUCUUCAACUUGACAAGUGUGAAAGAGGCACGAGAAUCUCGAUGCCUGAACGAGAACGUCAGGCUUCUUACAUACGCCACCGUCUUCUUCCUUCCACUUUCGUUCUGUACUUCUAUGUGGAGUAUCAAUGAUAUGUUCGGCAGUGGAAUCAAGGGUUUUGCAAUUGUGACUACUAUAUUUGCUAUUAUCACCUAUGCUAUUAUCACCUAUGCUAUUAUCACCUAUGCUAUUAUCACCUAUGCUAUUAUCACCUAUGCUAUUAUAGCUAUACUUUUAUCGCCAUCCACAAAGAAGGCUACGCAUAGAUUAGGACGCAGAAUGUGGAAGUCUACCAAAGAUUUCGUGGCUGGCAAGACGGAAUCAUUGCGGAAACGGAAGACGAAGACCAAAGACCAGGAGCGGGAAGUUGUCAGCGAAGUCAUGGAUCCGGAGAAGGCAGCUUGAAGGUUGAGGAGUCAGAAAAGAGCUCAGGUUCAUAGAUCAGGAUGUAGGGACUUUUCAGAUCGUACUCAAUCAUUGCCCAUGAAGAAGUGUAAGGCCUGGUCAUGUGAACAAUGAUCCAACAAG